AUGUAUUUCGGUACGCUCUUUAUAUUAACGGUAUCCGUGGCUGCGUUUCCCAAAACAAGAGAGGAGGGAACGCCCGAAACGACGUUCGCUCAUACGCCUUCACCUGGCGGCGAGACAUCUGAAAAAGCAAUGUCUGAUGAGGCGUCUGCUGAACAAAUGACCUCUGACGAGACGAUUGCUGAAAUAACAACGUCCGAUGAGGUUUCUCCUAAAGCAGAAACGUCUAUCGAAUCUAUUGGCGAAACCGUCCCUUCGGACGAGGCUUCUGGCGGAACAGUCGCACAGCCCGAUGAGGAGGCCGCAACCACGCCGUCUGAAGCUUUGAUAAAGACUGCUGAACCCAAAAAGGCAAAGUAUAUCUGUGGUCCCACUAUGUGUGUGCCGUGUGCUCCCGUAUGUCCUUAUGGCGGAUUUGGACCAGGUCUUCUUGGACCACUUGGAGCACUGGGAGCACUUGGAGCAGGUCUUUUAGGGCCAUUCGGACCACUUCAGGGAUUGGGUUUCUUCUUCAAUAAAAAUGGCGAUGAUUUCCAAUUUGGAGUCACUUUAUGA